ACGGGUGGCUCUCUAAACAUUUUUCUUUCUUCGUCACUCUCAUCGCGUUUCAACUCUUUCUCUGUCUGGUCUGGGUGGCAAGCCUUUUUCUCUUCUUUCUCUUCCACGCCGUCGUCGACGUUUAGGGAGGUCCACUGGACCAGACCCAAAGGCAUUCUUCAGCUCCGUGCUUCAGCUCUGUGUUGCGAAGGAAGUUCCCUGCCCCAACCGAACUAUCUUUUGGAACAACAAUACAAAUCCGUGUCUCCAUUUUUUAACCUCGGAUCGACUGCCGAAGUACACCACCCCAAGUCAUCCUUCUCUGGUCCUGUCUGUCGGCGUCAUUGUCAGACAGAUCAUGUCAAACGCUGGCAGUGCUCCUCUCCAUUCUUCACACAACGAGCACAACAUUGCAUCUGGUGGAGACGGCCUGGGUAGCGGAGCAGCAGCACCACCACCGCCACCACCACAUACACAUCCUGCCCAGCUUCCGCCAUCGGCUCCCGGCUCCGCUAUGUCGGCUCCCAGCGCUAAGUUCGAAGUCAUGGACGACGGCGGUCGGCACCGUGCCCGGCACUCCAAACGCUGCAUCGUAAUCUCUGCCCUCGUCGCGGCCGUCGUUGUCCUUGCGCUCGCGUUAGGCCUGGGUCUUGGUCUCGGUCUGCACCGUGGCGGCAGCGGUGGCAGCGGCAGCAGCGGGUCGUCCUCGUCGUGUACAGACACGGGCAACUGUACUACGGGCCCGGCCAACUCAUCCGUUCCGGUCUUCGCAUCGGAUCACGUAGCAUGGCAGAUCGUGCUGAGCCAGACGCUGACGCUCGACAAUGAGACUAAGGAUGAUGCCACGCUCGUCACGCCAAACCAGACAACCUCGCCCAACGUGACGGUCUUUGAUAUCGAUAUGUUCUUGCACCAGAACCUCUCGGUGGUCCAGGACCUCCGCGCCCAAGGAAUGCAUGUCAUCUGCUACUUCAGCUCUGGCUCGUACGAGCCGUACCGGCCAGACUCGUGGAAGUUCCACUCGGAUGACCUGGGCAACGAACUGGACGGCUGGCCUGGCGAGUACUGGCUGGAUCUGAACAGCAAUAAUGUCCGCAAUAUCAUGAUCUCCCGCAUCGAGAUCGCCGCCCAGAUGAACUGUUCAGGAAUCGACCCUGACAAUGUCGAUGGCUACGAUAACGAUAACGGGCUUGGCCUCACCGAGGACGACUCGAUCAAUUUUGUGCAAUUCCUCGCCAACGAGGCAGCAUCACGCGGCAUGAUGACGGGUCUGAAGAACGCGGGAGGCAUCAUUGACGACGUGCUUGACUACGUCCAGUUCUCGGUCAACGAGCAGUGCGUUGAGUACGACGAGUGCGACAUGUUCCAGGCUUUCCCCAAUGCCAGCAAGCCGGUCUUCCACAUCGAGUACCCUGCCGGUGAUGACGACACAGCCAAGGCGUCCUUCGACACCAGCACCGUCUCCCAGUACUGCGACGUGGAUCUGACAUCAGGGCAGAACGGCUUCAACACGGUCCUCAAGUACAUGAAUCUCAGCGGCUGGGUUCAGUACUGCGACGACAAGACCUUCACUACUGAUGGAUUUUAAGAAAAGGGAAAAGAAGAAGAAAAAAUUAUAUUACUAAAUGGCAUCCAACCUUGAAAUGAAAGAACAGUUCGUUCAGACCUGAGUUUGGCGGUCCUCUCUGCAAACCAGCGUGUUUGUCACUCAAAAUAUUCACUUAUACUUUAUCGUAAAAGUCAUCGUUCAUAGACACCAUCUUUUUUUAAUAAGACAUUAAAGUCAUUAUAC